GAGGACCAUCUAGUGGACAAGCGACUCGUGGGAUGGGGAUGGGGCCAGGUGGUGGUGGUGGUCGAGGACCAAUGAAUAUGAUGUCUUCAAUGAAUGUCCUUUCUGGGCAAGCUUUUAGUGAAACCGAUCUGAUGAGUGAUUUACCAAAAAAGAAAUUUACUGGUCGAUGCCGUUUAUUUGUUGGCAAUUUGCCGAAUGACUUGAAGGAACAGGAACUCAAGGAACUCUUUGCGCCUCAUGGUGACAUCGCAGAAUGCUAUUUGAGUGGCAAAGGAUUUGCUUUCUUACGAUUGGAUACACGCGCCCACGCAGAAAGUGCAAAAGAAGCUAUUGAUGGAAAAAUAAUACAUGGCCGUCCAGUUCGUGUACGAUUUGCUGUUCAUGGUGCAGCGCUGAGAGUUAAAGAACUUUCACCAACUGUAUCGAAUGAGAUGCUUUAUCAUGCAUUUUCGGCAUUUGGUGAAGUAGAACGAGCAGUUCACAUAGUUGACGAAAAGGGUAAGCCAACCGGAGAAGGAAUUGUGGAGUUCGAACGUAAGCCAUCAGCUAAUGAGGCACUUCAUCAGAUACGGGAAAAAGUCUUCUUAUUAACGGCAAGUCCAAAACCAUUAGUUGUGGAGAUGUUGGAGCCGCGUGAUGAAGACGAUGGUCUCGCCGAACGUAUGAUACAGCGCAGUGCAAUGCUUCAAAAGGAACGAGAAGUGGGCCCACGAUUUCCACCGGCAAACAGUUUCGAAUACGUAUUCGGGUUAAAAUGGAAGGAGCUAUAUGAGGUGGAAAGACAGCGUAGAGCUCAAUUGGAAGAAGAGCUCAAGGAAGCUCGUAGACGCUUGGAAGCUGAUAUGGAUCUCGCUUACCAGGAUUAUCAAACUCAGUUGCUCCGUGAAGGCAAGCAAUAUUUAGCUCAAGCCUUAAUUUCAAUUUAUAUCAUUUCGAAUCCAAUCCAUUUUUGGUUCCCCUCUACCGAUCAGCGUUGUGGAAUAAUCAUUAUGAAUUAUGGUCGAUAUAAUUUGAAACUGUAUCUCGCUCGUCGUCAACAGGAGCUUGAGCGAUUAGAAGCUGCAAAACGUGAGCGUAUGGCACAAGUAGCAGCACGUCGUGGUGAAAUGCCUACCUUACUGGGAAAUUUAACUGGUGGACCAUCUGGUCCACAAGGUAUGGCGAAUGGGCCAGGUGGAAUGUCUGGUGGACCGCCGCGUGAAUUUUUCGUUACUGGUUCCGGCGGAGGAGGAGGACCGUUCAACUCAGGUGGACAAGGUGGACCUGAGGGACCAAGAGGACAAGAAAUGAUGGGCCGAGGUCCACCUGAUAUGCAGCGUGGUGGACCACCACAAAUGGAUAAUCCAGGAAGGGGACCACCCUUUCAACAAGGUGGACCCAGUGGACCCGGUGGACCUGUCAAUCAGGGAGGCGGUCCAGAUCCAACGCUUGUACAAGGGGUGCAAAAACUACUGCAGAUAUUUCGUGCUGAUGCACCAAGACCUGGUGGACCUCAGCAGGGAGUACCACCUUCAUUCGGUUCUCCAGGCGGACCUAGUGGUUUUCGAGGGCCAGGACCGAUGGGGCCAGGAAAUUUCGGAAUGCAAAGUGGACCACCGGGAGGUUUCCAUCGUGGACCGCCAAUGGGUGGUGAUUUCCCAGCUGAGAAGCGGAUACGACGAUAG